UUAUCUUCCAAAUUCCCAAAAUUGGAGCUUCUUAUCCCCUCUCUGCAAUUCCCACUCACAGUGCUCCAUCAAUUCCAAUGGCAGCCGCCUCUCUCUCCGCCACAUUCUUCGCCCUCUCCCUCAAUCCCCACCACCACAACCACCCUCCCUUCCCCUCCCACCACCUCCCUUUCUCCGCCUCCAAAACCCCUCUCCCCCUCCUCUCCAAACCCCCUCACCUCCUUCCUCCCCCAAAAGCCGCCUCCGCCGACUUCGAGAUCCCCUUCUUCGAAGGCGAAGACGGCGAGGUGACCGCCGCAUUCAGCCCCCCCGAGCGCCCCGAGGGGUACGUCCCGCCCCCCUCCUUCGACGACGGCCCCCCGGAGUCGGAGGAGGAGAUCGCCCGAGCGUUCGAGGAGCUCUACGGAGCGGCGUACAGCGGCGAGAGCUUCCUCGGAAACGACGUGUUCGAGAUGGACGCGAAGGUGAAGAAGGCGACGGGGUUCGGAUCAAAGAGCAAGAAGGAGAAAGUGAGGGACGGAUUCGAUGAGAGGGUCGUGCAGGUUAGGAGGGUUACCAAGGUGGUUAAGGGCGGGAAGCAGCUGCAUUUCAGGGCGGUUGUAGUGGUCGGAGACAAGCAGGGGAACGUCGGGGUCGGCGUGGGGAAGGCCAAGGAGGUCGUCGCCGCCGUGCAGAAAUCGGCCGUCAAUGCCAGGAGGAAUAUCGUCGCCGUCCCCAUGACGAAGUACAAGACGUUCCCGCACAGAUCGGAGGCAGAUUACGGUGCAGCUAGGGUGAUGCUAAGACCGGCCUCCCCUGGUACGGGUGUGAUUGCUGGGGGUGCAGUGAGGAUCGUUCUGGAGCUGGCUGGGGUGGAGAAUGCGUUGGGAAAGCAGCUCGGGAGCAACAAUGCGCUCAACAACGCACGGGCCACAGUAGUGGCCGUGCAGAAGAUGAGGCAGUUCAGUGAAGUCGCUGAGGAGCGUGGCAUCCCAAUGGAAGAAUUGUGGAAGUGAUUGAUGAUUAGGAGGAAAUAAUUGUUGUUCAAGUAAUCAUUUUUGUGUAUGUAGCUGCAAUUUCAUCACAUUUUCUUCUUUUAUGUAAUUUUGUUAAAGGAUGAUGGGGAUGCACUAUUGUACGAAAAGGGUGAACGGGUUCUUCUUAUUUUGAUAUUAACGCGAGGCACACUUCACUAUA